AUGGAGGUGGACUCCAAUACAAAGGCCUACCGUAUCAUCGGAUACGUCACUGUUACCGUAUCCACCUUGGCCAUCAUUGCCCUAUGUGUGACGCUUCCAAUCGUUCACAGCUACAUCAAGGAGAUGCAACACUCGAUGAAAGUGGAGAUGAAUCAGUGCCAGAACAAUGCCAAGGUUCUCUGGACCGACGUCUACAUGCUGCGUGCAUCUUUCAGCCAACGUGGAUUCAACCGUACCGCCCGUCAAGCCGGCUACGAGUAUUCGAACGAUGAAACCACACCAUUCGCACCACCCAAGUUCGGCUAUCCAGUCGUUGGAGAAACCAAGGAGGAGGCUAAUCCCUAUGAUGCUCCAGCUCCACCACCACCACCAUCUCCACCAAAAACUGAAGCACCAACGACUACAACUACGACUACUACCACGACUACUACCACCACAACCACCACUACCACAGAAGCCCCAACAACCACCACCAGAAGAGCUACCACCACCUCAACAGCUGCUCCAGCCUACCCAGAUGCUCACGAAGCUGAGUCAACUCAAGGAUAUGAUGACGUGGCAGUUGUUACUAAUGCUCCAGCUACUAAGCCACCAGCACCAACUACAGCGGGACACACAGAUGCCCCAUCCUACGAGCCAGAACGUCCUACAUCCACUCUGGAGUACCUAAAGUCUACAGUACCACCAGAGAAGCCAUAUGGAGCUGAAUCUGGAUCGACGACUACUUCCGCACCAUUCUCUGAAGUUCAUGAGCAUACAGACCAGACAGAAUCCACGUCGACUUGUGACAACUGUUGCUUGCCAGGACCAGCGGGACCACCAGGAGCGCCAGGACGUCCAGGACCUUCCGGAAAGGCUGGAGCCAAUGGGCUUCCAGGAAAUCCAGGAAAACCAACAAAGCGCCCAUGCAACCCAGUCACCAAGCCACCAUGUGCACCAUGCCCACAGGGACCUCUUGGACCAGCCGGACCAGCAGGACCACAAGGAAACCGUGGAAGACCAGGAGUGUUCGGAGAGAAGGGACCACAAGGGCCACAAGGACAGCCAGGACAGAAGGGAAGACGUGGAGAGAAAGGAAAGGAUGGAGAGCCAGGAGCACCAGGAGCUCCAGGAGAAGACGUCAAGGAGGUGCCAGCCAUUCCAGGACCACAAGGACCACCAGGGCCACGUGGAAGACAAGGACCACGUGGAGCGCCGGGAAUCCCAGGAAAGGAUGGACUCGGAGGAGAUCAAGGAGCUCCAGGAGAGCCAGGAGUUGAUGGGGAGCCAGGGCUGGAUGGAGUUCCAGGAAAUCCAGGAAGAGACGGUGUCAAUGGACACGGAGGAGAGAAGGGAGUGUGUCCAAAGUAUUGCUCAGCCGAUGGUGGCGUCUUCUAUGAAGAUGGAACCAGACGAUAG